AUACUCGAGCUCCCCUCUGCUGAUUCAGGAACAGUUUGGCUGUAUUAGGGAGGUGAUGCCUAUUGCCUGUUGCAGUAAAGUUGACCCAGUGUAUGAGACUCUGAGAUUUGGAACCUCUCUGGCACAAAAGACCAAGCGGACCAGUGGAUCAGAGUCACCACAGAGAAACUCUACCAGUGACGUGGCUCAGGUGCCAGAAGAAAAGACGGCCCACAGCAGUCGAGCUCAACUCACCAGGAAACCCAGUGACAACGUUUUUGCACCAGUGGAGAAUGGAACAGAACAUUUUCAUAUUGCUGAAAGGAAAACAGAAGAAUCACCUUCAAACCGAGAGCUGAAGAGGGACCCUCUGCAGCUCAGUACUUAUGUGGCUUUGUUUGAAUUUACCCCCCAAGACAACCAAGACCUAGAAAUGAGACCCGGAGAUCGAAUAAUCCUGGCAGAUGAUUCCAAUGAUGACUGGUGGAAGGGUGUGAUUGAAGAUAGAAUAGGUUAUUUCCCAGCAUCCUUUGCGCAUCAGGUGAGGGCGGGCGACAGGGUGUUCAGAUGUAACCGAACCUUCAUUGGCUGUAAGGAGCAAGGGCAGAUCAACCUGAAGGAGGGACAAAUUUGUGUCAGCGGUGAGGACGAACACAAUGGCUUCAUCAGAGUAGCGAGUGGGAAAAAGAGAGGAUUCGUGCCCUGUGAUGUCCUGGAGAAUAUAUGAAGUGAAAGAACAGAGAGAAGAGAUGGUUCAUUUAGAGAAAAGGAAAGACUUUCCAGCACUGUUUGAAUGAUCUAUGGAUCCACCUGUAGUGUGGGCAGACGCUGGAGGGCUCGUCAGGACUCUGUGUCUCCCUCAGUGACAGAAAGAAGAAUGGACAAUGAUUUCAAAGAGUAUUUGGACAUCUAAGUUGGACCUAAAAAUGUGUAUAUUUAAUCUCAUUUACUAACAAAACCAAACCAUCUGCAAACAAAUGCUGCCAGAGAACUAACGCUACUUUUCAAAGCUAUUUUUUCAGCCCGUCAAACAUGCUGAAUGAAAUCGAAUACUUGUUUCUUGCUAAGUUGAGGUGAUGAAUCCAAACAUAGUGCCUGUUUUCCUCUAGUUUUUUAAAGAUAGUUAUCAUUUUAAAACCUAAACUUGUAUUAGGUUCAAAUAAAUGCCAUUUGGUUUGGUAUUUUGAUAUCUAACCAUUUUUACAUCGAGCUUAAUUGUCCAAAUACUUCUUGGGGCCAUUGUUUGUGUGUUUCAUUAACUGCUGAAUGUCAGUGUCAUGUUUCUGUCUCGAGAGAAUUGUGUUUUCUGUAUUUAAUUUAUUGAAUGUUGGUGUAGGGGGUCGUCAACCACAACACUUUUCACUAUCAUCUAUUCAAUAUACUGUAGCAUCAAAACUCACAUUGUUUUGAAAUAUCUUAAUUGUUAAGACAACUUAUGUAAUGCUUCAUAUAUUUCUAUACAAUCCAAAUGAUAUAUGUUCUAUUUUAACCCAUUCUUUUCAAUUAAUGUGCAGGUGUAUUUUGUUCUUUGACAAUUACUUUAAACUUGCAGUCCCAAAAUUGUAUUUUCCACUCAUGCUUCUGAGAACAGAACAGGAAUGAUCAGAUCUCUGCUGAUGUUACUUUUAAUCCAUAGCAGAACAUACACAUUCCUUGGUCAAACACAAUCUCUGGGCUAUAUGAUAAAAGCAUGUGGACAAGGGUUUAUGCAAACAAAUCGUUUUUGUCUUUUAUGUCUUCAGAUGUCUCUCAAACAUAGAUGUGCUAUAUGUCAUCUGUUCUAAUUAUCUUUUAUUAUUAAGACAUUUUAUUUUAGAAAAAGAAUCAUUGUGCUAAAUAAAGCAAAUUUACACCAUUAAAGCAGGUAUGACUGAAGAAAAUUGUUAUAGUAAAAAACAAUUAAAUUACUGUUUUUAUUAUUCUUAUCGUUAUUAUUAUUUAUUUGAGUCUAGUCAUGGAAGCAUAGGCAUCAUGUUGUGCCCAUUUAUGAUACAUAAUAUCUGUCUCUUUAUAAGAUCAUUUAACUCAUCAUGUCUAGUCUUUUGAUAUUUUAAUUUGAGCUCACUGAAGCUGGCUUAUUGUACAGCAUGAUAUUGCGCUGUAUAUACUUUAUGUACAGAAUUAAAGUUUAUUUAUUGAUCUAUUUCUUGUCCUGUGCCUUUGUGUAUUUAAGGAAUUGUUCAACCAAAAAAUAAAUGUAUGUUGAAAAUGAGCUCACCCACAAGCCA